AUGUCACUACCACAACGGAGAGAUUUCAUCCAUAACCUGGAGGAGGUGCAGAGUGAGGAAGAAUGUCCUAUCUGCUACGAGAUUGCGGUGGUACCGAUCAAGACUGCCUGUAACCACAUCUUCUGUCGCAGAUGCGCGAAGAAGUGCUUCGCCUCGAAGAACACAUGCCCAUACUGCAGGACUAAGGUCUCAGCAGACUUGAACCCUGAUCCUGCUUUCUUGAACUUGCACGUUCUGGGCUCGGAUGAGGAGGAAGACGACUUCCACGCUGUCGAUCUUCGAGACCAGGAAGGCCCAGUGUCUCUCAAUGGUGUCAUCCAUCCACCUCCAUACUGGAUCUUGUGUCGAAAGCCUGAACAUCGCUCGAGCCCAGAACUGAAUGGCCCGCGGAGGAUCGUCAUCCAUUCUUCGAGAAUAUCUAUUUACAGGUAUGAUCCGGAGGCCGGUGGCACUGCCCCUCUGACCGGUGUUACUGAGAACCUCGCUCGUCUCGAGGUUGACGACCCGCAAGAGACGGAGCAGAGCGAGACUGAGAGCGAAGACCAGAACCAGGGCGAAGACGAGGAUGACGUUGAAGGUGAAGACGAUGAUUCCGAGGACACGCAUGAUGAGGAGGAUCGUAACGCUGACACUCGAGCCGCCACUACCGGGAACCUUGCUCGUCUCGAAGUGGCCAACACGCAAGGACGCGAGGGAGACGAUGAAGAUGAAGACGAGGACGCCGAAGACGCGCAAAAUGACGAAGACAGUGUCAGUGCUCAACGCGGCUACGUCGACAACGAGUACGGACACCUCACAUGCGAGCGCCACAACUUCCAUCUCGACGAUGAGAUCGACGAAGAGAUCGCCAAAUCUACGAUCGUCUACCUGUGGGGAUGCCAGCCUCGUGAUCAUGCCCCAGAUCUUGACGGUCGAGUACUUCUCGACUACGACUCUCUCUUUCCCCGCGCAAUUGGGGUCCUACUCAUGAUCAUACCGAACCGGUUCACAUCCCGCAAGGUUGAGAUGCCCAAGUGGGCUGAAAUAUGUCUCCCUGAGUGGAAGACAAUGGCGCAGUAUCUGGAGUACAAGCUGAAGGAGCUCGAAGAGGAGAAGCCAGAGUGGCAGGCUCUUGAGUUUAAGGCUGAGCUGUACAAGGGCUGGCAAGAGGAGAUGACGGAGGAUGACAGUGAUGACGAGGAGGGCGACGACGAGGAAGACGAAGACGAGGGAACUGAAGAUGGAGCUACCGACGAAGCCGUGGCCGAGGUCGAUCGCGACGUCAAAGAAGACAGCAGCGAGGCGGCCGACGUUGCCCCCACUGAUGCUCCGACCAGUAUCGAAGAGAACCCCAGCAGCGGCAAGAACAACGGCGAAACAAGCGACGACCAGCACGCAGACAACAUGAACAACCACAGCGAUAACGAAAGGGACGACGACGCCUCAAGCACAAGCUCAAGCUCUACCAAGCGCGGUCCACGGGUUCCAGUCUACAGCGCUCGGGUCGUCGCGUACCACGCCAGAGGAUGCACAUUCGAAGCGAACGUCAAUCACCUCUUCGACUUCAUCACCUACCUCGCGCAAAACCAUUACGACGGCUUGCCGUACGAGAACUGGGGCCCGGACCAUCUUGGUGUGCAGGAGAUUGAAAUUCCGUUCCCGAAGGAGGCGAUUGUUCUUAGGACUUCGAUGUGA